AUUGUGCAAUAUGACGCGGGCGGGAACUGCCGCUUAUGCGCGAACAUUUUCCCGCCAAACGUGGAAGGCGCUUAGUCGCGUUCAGAAAUAAAAAAAAAACAUGUCACAAUAAAAAAUUAAAAACCCACUUAAAAAAAAUGUAAAUUUAUUUUAUUGUUUAUCGAUUUUGUUUCGUGAUUGUGGUCUUUUUGUGUUGUGUUUUUUGUGCACCGUGAUGCAUUUUACAAAAUGCGGCUGGCACUCGGUCAACUUUUGCUGUUGACUGAUAUUGUUGCUACUAAUUUGAAUUUAACGUUUCUCGAGGAUGUGUGGAGGGUCCGCUAUCCAGUCAGAAGGUCGCACGUUCGACGCCAACGCGCUAUCCCACCGUCGACACCAUUUCCAUGCGAAGAUGCCUUGUCCUGGGGCAGAAGUAAAGAACGGCCUACAUCAGUGCACAAACUCCGACCUGGUGAUAUUGAUGUGGUGGCUGCUAUCGGAGACUCGUUGGUGGCUGGCAGUGGCGCCCUGGAGGAGUUCGCUCUGGGCGCCUUUGUAGAGUACCGCGGCGUCUCUUGGUGCAUGGGUGGUGACGCAACAUGGCGUGAGUUCCUGACGCUACCCAACAUCCUGAAAGAGUUCAACCCGAACCUGAAAGGUUACUCCACGGGAACUGGAGAAUGGAUCACAAAAAACUCUAAACUCAACGUGGCCUUCCCUGUGGCUUCUGAUGAAGACGCUUUGAAGCAGGCUAAGAUCAUAGUGGCCAGGAUGCGUGCGUCCCCCGACAUCGACAUAGCUCAAGACUGGAAGAUGAUCACGAUGUUCAUUGGUGCUAACGAUAUCUGCUCGGCCGCCUGCAUCAACCCGGUAUCCUGGUCGCCGGCUGCUCACGCGAGAAAGCUGGCCAACGCCUUGGACUAUCUUCAGGAAAAGCUGCCGAGGACUAUCGUUAAUUUAGUUCCUGUAUUAGAUGUAUCGGUAUCCGUUCGGGUGCUCCGCCCCAUGAUGUGUCGCCUGAUGCACUCGCUGUUCUGCUCGUGCUUCCACCGCGGCGGAGACGAGCUCCAGGACAUCGUGAGGAUGUCGCGGCUCUAUCAGAAACACGAGGCGUUGCUUGUGGACAGCGGUCGUUACGACGCUCGCGAAGACUUCACGGUGGUGGUGCAGCCCUUCAUGAGGCUGUUCAACGCGCCCUUCCCCCCCAAGCAGCCGCUGCCCCUCGUCAUACACCAGUCCUACAUCACGCACGACUGCUUCCACUUCUCGCAGAAAGGACACGCUUUAGCGGCGAAUCUCCUGUGGAACAACCUUCUGGAGCCGGUCGGCAACAAAUCUGACAAUGUGCCGCCGGUUUUAAUGCGUUCCUUCCGCUGCCCUUCGCGGCAGGCGCCUUUCAUAUUCACUGCUCGCAACACGAGGACCUACCUAUUGACGGGGCAGCAGGAAGGCGCUUUUGAGUUAUGACCUCGGAUCUCGGCUAACUUUAAGAGCAUUUAAAAUCUUUUAUUAAUUAGGGGAACGACAUAUCAUCUUUUCGCAUUAAAAAUGCAUAAUUUCCAAAAAUAUUCGAAAUUUAGUUAAUAUGCGGAAUCAUUUAGUAUCACCAGUGCUUUUCUCAUAGAUAAUGUCAAAAGAGCGUAGUUUUUUUUUUGGUUUACCUAUAUUUUGACUACUAUUAACAAAAUUAAUACAUAAUUUUAUCUUACUAUAUAAGACAGAUAAUGUAACUGGUAAAAAAUAAAAAAUAAAUGUUGCGAAGAUGAUUAAUAUUAAAAAUCUCACAUGUUAAAACUUUAAAACACUCUCCUGUAAAAUUAGUCAUUUUUGAGAUUAUACAGUUUUAAUGCGAGAAGACGAUAUAUUGACGAAAUUAAAUUAACCAGAUGCAUUCGUAUCGAGCGAUGCGGCUAAGUCGAUGCUCGAAUCCCAUAGACUAGUUUUUCUAAUGAAAUACGUACUUAACACAUUCACACGAAUCACUUCGGCGUUGAAGGAAUAACGUUGUGGAAAUGAGCUCGGAAAAAUUAUAAUGGCGUAAUUACUGGUGUCUGAGCGCACACGGAUCUGUACCAACGUCCUGUCGAUUUCUGCCGCGAAGCAGUUAUCUCUUAUACAAUACAAUUGAGACUCCGACCUUAUCACGUCCCAUGUGGAUUGUGAAAUUCACAGGCUCCGAUAACCGCUUAACACCAGUCGGGCCGUGAGCUCGUUCGCUUUUCGUACAAUAAAUUAAUAAAAAGUCGAUACACAAAAGGCGAAAUUGCAAACGCUAAUUAACUUCCAAGAAUAUGUUAAAAACAAAAAACAACAAAUAUCUCGCGAUCUGGCUGUUUGGGCAUGAAGCGUUGUACGUUGCACGUUAACGAAUAAAGCAAAAAAAAAAAAACUUUGAUUAAUAGGUAGGUAUUAAAAUAAAUUGACGCUGUAUAGAACGUGAAUUAUUACGAGGCGUUUAACAAUUAGAAACUUUACGUAAACAUCUUCGAUCGUUUAGCGCAAACCUCAUUGUGUGAUUUUAAAUUAGAUUAAUUAAGUAAAUAGGUAUUUAGGUAAUGAAAGUAAGCUAAUAACGUAAUUAGCAUUUAGAAAAAAAAAUUGAGGCUAUACACAUACAUUAAAGAUGAUUGCAACACCGGACAUAAAAAAAUAUAAAAAAAGAUGAUUCCAACGUCUGUGGUAUCGCGGCUGUUUUCCGAUGUAAAGGACACAAGCUGGAGACCAUAGAUAAUAAAUACACUUAAUAUUAUUUUAGGAUUGGAGACAGAAACAAAUCUAUUAUUCAAUGUUUUUCUGAAAAUUUUAAAGUUCGUUCACACACGCGUUUAAACUUCACCUUGAAUAUUCCUCACGACUACAUACCUGAUGCUUACACUGUGCUAAUAAAAGAAUUACCAUUACCAUAUACUAUAUGUCAACGAAUUAAUAUGGCGGGAAUUAAAAGGACGGAGGUACGCACGAAAUGACACAUCACCCGUCGGUACCAUUGUUCCGCUGACUGGCCAAAGAGAUAAUAAAAUGUAUAAACAUCGGAAGUCGAUAAAUAUAUUUAUUAUGUAUAUUUGUACCUUCUUUUUCUUUCAACUGGCCAGAUACUUUUAUUAGUCUAACGUAAGAAUAUCAAACGAGACAAAUAGGAAAUUAUUGCCUUGAAAUGGAACAUUAAUGUAAACUAUAUAGUAUCUUUACAAAUAAAUUAAAUUAUCGAAAUAUCCGAUUUACAUUUGGUUUGAUAAUUAAAUGUAUGCUAUGUUAAUGUGUUUAUAAAAAUCACAAUAAAAAAAAUCACAUUGUUCGUUUUUACUCCCGUAGCUUAUUUGAUGAAAAAAUUAAAUCAGAAUUAUGUUUACUAUGAACAGCUGUUUAUGUUGCGCCAUUUUGAAAUAUAUUUCUGCGAAUUCUAAACGAGCAGAAAUCGUACCGUAAAAUGGGGUAAAUAGGGACAAAAUCGAACUUCAGAUUGAAUUUUAACAUAGUUCCAAUUAAAUAGUCACUGCUCAACCAAAGAAAUAAGUUGAGUCUUGAACGUACCUAGGUGAUAAAAACUGUUACAUUAUUUUAAUUAUUCAAUUUAAAGAAAUAAUCGGUAAAAUAAUGGCCGUCCCAAUUUACCCAGCGUCCGGGGUAAAUUGACACGGUUAAGGGUUAAAUUGGGAUAUUUGUAAGGGUUGUCAACUCGCAGUACUGCGAUAUAUAGGUAGGUGCCAUAUAAUUAUUUAUAUGGACCGAAAUGAUGAAUACAAUCCAUAAUUUAAGCACAAUACACAACAUAGUGUAAAUUAAGCUGAUUUCUAUUCCGAAGCGAUGUGACGUGAAUGAUAAUCAACAAUACAAUGAUCAAAAAAAGUAUGUGCAUAUUAUAUUUUAGAAAAUUAUUAUUUAAUUUCCUUAAAAAUCACAACUCUGAAACAUAAUCAUAAAAUAGAAUAAAAAAUAGAAAACAAAAGGACUGGAAAUGCAUUAAUACAAUUUUAUUUAAUCAACAUUUUCAAAAUGAUCUUUGAGCAAGAGUAAGAUAUCAGGUGAAUAAGAUAAAAAAACAGCUUUAUCUGAUUACUGCCAAUAAUAACAAAAAUAAAAGAAAUUCUUUCUAAACUAAAUAACUAAACUCAAUUAAUUCACUCACUCAUAAAUGGAUAUCUCGGAUUUUUAAUUAAUGUUACAUUUAAAAUCUGAGGCCUGUUUUUAUUUGUGUGUGUUCGUUGUGAAUGUUAACAAAAUCAUGAUUCGACGCGUGAAUAGAUUCUGAAAUAACAAAAGUUUUGAUUCGUUUGAGUUCUUUUAACUUUUAAUUUUUUUUAUUGCUAUAAAGAAUAUACGACCGGGCAGAUAUUACAAGGUAAAUGUCGCGAAAAAAAGUAAUUAUAUAUAUACUUUUCUUUUACCUAUAAUACUUACAUAAACUAACUGAUAAACACAUUAAUCUUCUUUACAUCACGCAAUCAAGUGAUAGUAUAGGCUAAAAAAUCUAUUAUAAGAUAUCAGUGACAACCCUAACAAGCCAUCCCUAUUUUGUCUUUUGGCGUUCCAAUUUUGUAUUUUCUCGUCCCUAAUUUUUCCAGUCUCGUUCCAAAUUACCCUACAUACGUCCCAAUUUUCCCCAAAAAGAAAGGAAAAAUUAUACAUUUUUUAUUUUGUCGAAUUAAUGUAUUUAAAAUAAGAAUAUUGCAACUUACCGUUUGUUGUGGUAUUUCCAGGUGUAUUAAAAACUUAUAUAAACUGUGAUCUUAUUAAAAAAACAACGAUAUUAUUACUUUUUUUAAAAGUUCUGUAAGCUGUUUUAAAACGCACUUUUCAACCACUAUUUUCAAUUUAAUUUGACGAAUUUUUGGGACCAACUUAACUCAUAUUUAAUACUUCCAUAGUUAAUUUGGUUUUUCUUCUAUACAUUGAUAAAUAUUAACAUAAACAAAAUUAGGUAGAUUCCGUGCUACAGGUACUUUGAGAAUCUUCCGCAGGUUUGUCCCAAUUUACCCCAGGAUCCCAAUUUACCCCAUGUCAUGGUAGGUAUGUACCAACUGUAAUAUUAUUGUUAUAUUAAAAUUAAGCUUACAAUGCUGUGUAGUUUUAUUGGAAAUAAAAAAUCGAAUUCCUUCCUUUUUACUCGGUUGGCUGUUUUUAAGCUAAAAGGGUUGUGUAAUUAUUGUCCAGUAUUUCUUUAUUUUCAACGCUUGACAUACUGUUCUGUGCUGUUAAGUAAUUACGUUAUUUUCUAAGUUAUUGUUCAAUUUUAUAAUUUAGUGCCAUCGACUGUAGUAUGAAAACCAAAUAAUGUGUGAAUAUGUACAUAGUGUAAAUAUUACGAUGAUGUUAAUAUAAAUUUUAAUUAGGUAGUUUUAUGUUAGUGAGUUGGGAUAUCAUUAUUAAAUAAAUUUAGAAUAUCAAAA